GCUCAGCGGACAAAAGCCCCCCAAAAGCAACGUUACAUGACCAUUGAAGCGGAAACGAAACCUUGGCUGAGGCUUAUUUUGGAUUUUCGACAAGUUGCAGCAACAUCAGGACAGAUGUUACAAACAAAGGAUUUGACUCCAUCCAGCUGCAAAUGUGCCUCCUCCGCGAAGAGGGACUUUUAUUGUGGUUUUUGUGAAGAGAUCCCAAAAUGAGGUUUAGUCCAUCCUAUUGUGCGCUUUUGGAAGCUAUUUUCAGGAAAAGGCUGUAAUUAAGUGCGGCCGUGUAACAGCAGUGGAUGCUAUCUUUGAGCAACACUCAAGUUGUUGUUUUUCUCCUCCGCGCACAACCUGAGGGUGCGUACCGAGAACUUAAAAAAAGUGCCAUCGUGUUGGUUUUUAAGCUCGAAACAAACCUGUGGUGCUCAUGACUCCAGACUUGCUCCUUCCUCCAUGAGUAACGCAAAAGUACUUUCAAUGGAAGAGCCAGAAGGUCUUCGUUCUUUGCUCCCUCGGCAACAUUGUCACUUGGAAAUCCGCUUUAGGGGGAGCAAACACUCCGCUCCGUCGCUGAUGUCCCCUAUGUCGCUCGCACAUCCACCGUUAGAGACGUUAUCUUUGCUGCUUUUCCCAUUUUUCCAACGUUUUUCGGCUUCGGCAACUUCGUCGUUGGUGUCAAGUGGGAAAUGACAACACCGGGGCAACUUCCUGUCGUCGUAACAACAAAAAAAAUUUACUCUCUAAGUGACGAAUUUGUAGCGACAGCUUCAACAGAAUUUAGAAUGUAUACAUUACAACUGGGAUUAAAUGUAUAUUCGAAUUAUAUUUUACGGUUAUUACACCGCGUUUGUUGUUUUAUUUUGAAGAAAUUGUCUUCAUCUUCCGGCUGGAUAUUGUCACUGUACAGUUCAUUUCCUCGCCUGCCUCCUCUAACGGUUUCCAGUGGCCACAGGGGGCGCUGUGACUACAAGCGUCGGGUCUCACGAAAGAAACACACAAAGGCCUCAUGGGAGUUGUAGUUUUUUUUUAAAGUUUUUAACGAAACCGGCUAAACUACCAACUUCUACGCUUCUCUCUGCCCAGAUUCCUGUCGCCGCCGGCGCUCAGAAUGCACCGCGAGCUUCGCGCAGAUGGAGGAGCGCAAUGACGGAGGAGUUUGAUGAAGAUGUUGUGUUUGAGAACUCGCCUCUUUUCCAGUACCUGCACGAUCUAGGCCACACCGACUUUGAGGCAUGUCCGACAGCAUCGCAGGAAGAGGAGGAGGAGGAUGGCGGACUGGACGGCGAUCCCGCCUCCGAGCAGGAAGGCCCACAAAGAGGGGGCCUCCUGCGGACCCUGGCUGAAGCCUUGUGGAGAUGGAGCCCAGUCCGGCAGGCGUCCUCGUCUCACAAGCUGGAGCAGCAGCUGGACGCCAUGUUGGGCCAGUACUCUGUGAAGUGCAUUCUGGACCAGGACGUGCUGCUCCAGGAAGACGUGGAGCUCAUCGAGCUGCUGGACCCCAGCCUGCUCACGCUGGGCUCGUCACCCGACCGAGGCGGCGCCCCGCCCCGCCCCGGUUUCUUUGCCACGCCCUCGUCCUGGGAUGUGGCCGGUCUUGUUGGUCUGGCCGCAGUCCUGCUGGGUCUGGGCUCAGCAUCCGGGGACCUGUGGUGGCUGGCCGUCGCCCCUUGGGGGCUGGCUCUCCUGGGCUGGGUGGGGCUGAGGGCGGCGGGCCUGUGGAGGCGGGGUCGAGCGCAGCGGGCCGUCCACGCCAGAGUGUCGCAGCUUCACACGCUGGUCCACAACAGCAAGACCCUGACGGGUUUGUCCCGGAAAGCCCUGCGUCUGGUCCAGGAGACGGAGGUCAUCUCCAGAGGUUUCACCCUUUUGCUCGACAGGGUGAGUGCAGCCGGCACCUUUAGCAGGGCGGGGCCGGGGGCGGUACCGCGGGGACAGCAGCUGAUCGGCCUGAGGAAGGCCCUGUACCGGUCCCUCCGCUCCGCCUUCAGAGCCUCCAGGAGAGCCACGUGUCACAUGCUCAAGGCGUUCCCCCUGAGCUCAGAGAUCGACAACGUGACCAACUACGUGUCGGCGGUGCCUCUGAAGGAGCUGGGUCUCGGCCUGGGGGUGGAGCAUCUGGGUGACGAGCAGGCCCAGGAGCUGACCGACGACUACAGCCUCCCCGCCCUCAAGGUAUUGUACCAGUUGUGGGUGGGGCAAAGCUCGGAGUGCUUCCGCAGAUUGGCCCUUCUCUUGUCGCCCCGGCGACUGGAGGAGGAGCCAAAGGAAGCGGGCGGGCCCACGGAGGAGCCCUCCCCGCCUGCCUUGCAUCGCUCCAUCGCCACGGUGACCGAGCCUCUCCACCACGCCCUGACCGCCUGUCUCGGGGAGGUGCAGCGCAGCUACGACUUCCACCGUCACUUCCAGACGCAGGAGCGGACGCUGGGCUCAGACCGCAACGGCCGGGUCCGGGAGAAGUGCCGCGAGAUCAACACUCUUCACACGUCCAUCCGGAGCCUGCAGCUGCACCUCAAAGCCCUGCUCAGCGAGAUGAUCAUCCUGGAGGACGACCUGGAGAAGCUGAUGGUGUCCAAGGAGCCGACGGAGCUGACUCUGGAGGGCUACCGGGACCUGAGCGAGCGGCUGCACCAGCUGGAGCCGCACAUGCAGGCCAGCGCCGGCUGCUGGGACGAUACCGUGGGCCAGGUGGAGCGCAUGCUGAGGCGGGCCGGCGCGUGUCCAGGUACUACUGAGGCUCCAGACCAGUGUGGCACUCCCGAGUCUGAGCUCCCCGCCACUCCUCCGUCUUAUCCCUUGAUCCUGGACCGCGAUCCGGUUCCUGAGGAGCUGGAGUGGGAGGCCUACGUGUCGGAUUCAGACUCGGACGGAGGAGGGAAGGAGUCCUGGUGCGACAUGUUGUCUCCGGAGGAACGGGAACGUCAGCGGCGAGAGCGGGAGGAGUCCCGUCGCGUCCUGUCGGAGCUCAAAGCGGUGCUGGGCUUUCGCGCGUCGGAGGGAGAGAGGAUGAAGAGGAAGCAGAUGCUCUUCAGCGACCAAGCUGCGGUGACGCCUUCAACUUGCGGUGCGAGCUCCGACAUGGCAGACAGCGGUGACAAAGGAGGAAACGGCCACACAGAGUCCACGGCAGGAAACCAGGAGGAAGGAAGGCCUGACCCCUCCGACGAGCCGGUGACGGAGUUCAGCUGCGGUUCGGAGGCGGCGGGAGCGUCGGUGUUGGCCGGAGGAGGCGGCGUAGCUUCUGAGCUGCAUCAGUACGACGGCGUCCCGGAGGAGGAGCUGGAGGAGCAGAACGGUAUGGACUGGCCCCUGAAACCCAAAGUUCCUGCUUUCUCCGUGAUGGACAGGCUGACGGAGAUCCACGGCUCGGACGCGCUCAGCUUCAGCUCCGCCCUCGCCGCCCAGGUGGCGAAGCACUCACAGUCGCUCGUGAAACUGGAGGAGCAAACGUUUGGAGAUGAGGAGGACGAGGAGGAGGAGGCAGUCGAGGAGCACUGAGCAAAGAUUGAGAUUGUCCUGAUGAAGCAGCGCUUGUGUUAGCCUGCAGAGCUACGUAGUUCACGUCGUUCUCCAUCCAUCUUCCUGUACCGCUCUCUUGCUGUCCAAACUCAGGUACCAGAACCACUGAAACCACCUCUGACCUCAUGUGUGAAGAUUCUACUCGCUGUUCUUGAACCCAAAUGGAACGGGACUUGUCUGGGCUUCUGGAAGAAUGAGGUGCAAACAUCCUGAAGGAAAUAAAAGCAACGGUGGCUUUGAAGAGAUCCAUGUGGAACGCCACUCGUGUCAAUUAGUUGUAUUUGUUCAGAACAUGUAGCAUUGCGGUCAGAAAACCACAACUGUUGAGGAGGAAGUGGGAUGCUCUUGUUAUUGUCAGGGUCUUCUACAUGUGGCUGUGCAUAUUUGGAAGUAUUUUAAGACUUGUGACAUCACCCACUAGUACUGUUCCGUGAGUAUUUGCUUAUUUCUGUCAUGUGAGGGACAAUCAACUGCUCUCUCUUUUCAAAGACGUCACCAUAGAAGCGGGGACAGCCUUUCCUGGUCUACGCCCUGCCUUGUAGGGGAGGUUUAUGUCCCUCGUGCGUUUUUUCCAACGUGAAAUAAAAUACCAUUCAACAGCGUUUGGUGUAUCUUAAUGUCUUUU